AACCCAAAACAACGAAACUAAUCAAAUCUCCCAAUUCCAAAGCCACCCUCAACAAACCCUCUCCCCAUUUCCUAUUUCAUGGCCGUUGUCCGUGGUCGCCGACAGCUCAAUCUCCGCCUUCCUUUGCCGGAAAUCUCGGAGCGCCGCCCUCGCUUCCCUCUCCCCCUCCCUCCUUCCGCCGCCACUUCCGACACCAACCACAACAGCAACAACAACAACUGGUUAUCUGCUUCUUCCGCCGACAUCUCCGCGGCAGACGUCGAAAAACUCAACGUCCUCGGGCACGGCAACGGAGGAACCGUCUACAAAGUCCGCCACAAGAAGACCUCCCUGACAUACGCCCUUAAGCUCAUCCAUGGCGACUCCGACUCCACCGUCCGCCGACAGCUUCUCCGCGAGAUGGAGAUCCUCCGCCGCACCGACUCCCCUCACGUCGUCCACUGCCAUGGAAUGUUCGAGAAGCCCUCCGGCGACAUCGCCAUCCUCAUGGAGUACAUGGAUUUCGGAACCCUCGAGACGAUUCUCAAGGCCGACGGCACUUUCUCGGAACCCAAACUCGCUUACGUCGCCAGACAAGUUCUCAAUGGCCUCAAUUAUCUUCACUCGCACAAGAUCAUCCACCGAGACAUUAAGCCAUCGAAUCUCCUCGUCAACAGAAACAUGGAAAUCAAGAUCGCCGAUUUCGGAGUCAGCAAAAUCAUGUGUCGGACGUUGGACGCGUGUAAUUCCUACGUCGGAACCUGCGCGUACAUGAGCCCGGAGAGGUUCGAUCCCGAGACGUACGGAGGCAAUUACGACGGCUACGCUGGGGAUAUAUGGAGUUUGGGGUUGACUCUGAUGGAGCUCUAUUUGGGCCACUUUCCGCUCCUUCCGGCGGGGCAGAGGCCUGAUUGGGCGACGCUGAUGUGCGCGAUCUGCUUCGGCGAGCCGCCGACGCUGCCCGACGGCGUUUCAGAGGAGUUUCGGAGCUUUAUUGAGUGUUGCUUGCAGAAGGAGUCCAGCAAGAGGUGGUCGACGUCCCAGCUUUUGAGUCACCCCUUCUUGUGUAGAGAUUCGAGAACCGAGUGGUGAAUUUUAGGAAUAUCGGACGCAGUUUUGGAUGCUCUGCUUUUUUAGAGUUCAUCGUAUAUACUGACCGGAUUCGGAUAUUCUGUUUUUCCCCUUGUACAGUCUUUAAUUUAUUUCUUUUGUGAUAGCAUUUCUGAAGUUAAAUCGUAACAAUCAGAAAAUGUUUCUACAAGUUGGAAUUUUGUCAUGCUCUUGUUUCAGCUCUGGUGGAGGUUUCUUUCACAAAUGAGAAAAGUGAAUUGGGACAUGUUCAUUUUUUUUUUUUUUU